GAUGUAAGGUCCUGGUCAUUGGCCGCCCUGGGCGGCUACCUGGUUGCUUUGUCGGUGCCCAUCUUCAUGGCCAAGAUGUGCCAGCAAGCCGGUUCGCCACGCCGGCAGUCCAUCGAAGAACCUCAGACAGUCGGAAGUUCCGUUGAAGAAGGUCCACCCCUAGCUCAAGGGCAAGCUUCUGCGCAGAAGUUCCUACCAAGGCUCGGACUUCCCGAAACAUUUUCCGGGGCACGCCAGAUCAUCAAAAAGUCUAAGUACGUCCUGGCAGUGAAGAUGCUUCUGGAGUCCGGGAACCUGCUUUCAUCGCCCCCUGGCUUGCAAAAAGGGCAAAUGUUGCACAGCGUGAAAACAGCUGACAGGCACCUUGAUGCCCUUGAAGAGGCGAGGGAAUACAAGUUCGAACGAUAUCAUGUUGAAGCGAGAUUCAACACGGAUGAGGCGGACGAGGGCGGCUGCGUCGUGCCGAAUGAGUUGGACAACUGUGCCGAUUUCGAUGUGUACAAGAUGGAGCCGCUGGCCUGUGGAGCGAUCGGAUGCAAAGCCCUCAGCCACAUUCUCUGGAUAGCUGCUCUGGUGUCGUUCGGUGCAACCAUUGCAUGGAACGCCGGCUUCUACGCUAGUAGCCUUCGAAAACGACAGCCAGACAAGUGGCAGCGGCUGUGGAUCAGUUUCACAGCGCUGUUUGCCUUCCUCGCCUCCUUGCUGGUGACCACCACCCUCGUUGGAUUUGCUGGUGGCAGUGCGGCAGUCUUGGCCAUGGCCUUGCUGUGCCCUCUGCUGCCGGUGUGUGCCUGGGUGCUGGCCGCAUGGCUGGCUUCCUUGCCGGAAAAAGGCGAAGAGGCGAUCGUGAACCAAGCGGCAGCUCUGGAGCUUCCAAUAUUCAAUGUGUUCGUCGCUCUGAAUUUGAGGUCAGAGAAAGACGUCAAAGCACUCAAUGAUUUCCGCGUGCCUCUUGACAUGGGGCUCAGAGUCGUGGAAGAUAUUCCAGAGCUCAUCAUUGGCCUCCUUGACUUGGUCUACUUUGGUGGAAACAACUGGUACGCGUGGUUCGGACUCUUGAUGUCCAUGGCGAUGCUAGUGUUCGACCUGCUCCUUGGUGUCCUGCUACAAUUCCAACAGUGGGCAUUGAAGAUUGCAGGGAUGACGAGGGACACGGAGUGA